AUCAAACAUAAUGUCCAAUUUGAACAUCUUCUCGCGAUUCGAAUUAACUCCUGCACCGAUAACAACUUUAAUAAACAAGAUAAAGUUAAAGAAAACGUUCGUUUUAAAAUAAACAUCACAAAAAACAGAAACUUGAAAUUUUUGUCUCUAUGAUACGAAUUAUCGUAUUCAUUCGAUUAUAUAUCGAAUUAUAUAUUUUCUUUAAAAUCAUUGGAGUAUCGUAUACUUUCCACUUGAAGAACGAUGCAACGGCCAGGUUUGUCUCUUGUCCCCAUGCAACUAGACUCCUCUAUCGCCAUAAAGAUAAGCAUGGGUGGAUCAAUGUUCCAAGAAAGAAUGCUGAUGAGUCGUUCUGACGUAUGGCAUAAAAUUAAGAUCCUAAAAGGAACGCAGUACGAUAAAGAAUCUGUGUUGAAAGCUAUUCUGAACGCAAUCGAUCCAGCAGAUCUAGUGCCAGUUAAAUAUCAAGCUGUCGGAGAGGACACCUUCUUCCUUGCACGAAACUGUGCAUUCGCUCUUGAGAAACUCUGCAAGACUAACUUAAUAAUUAAGUAUCCAGGAGGAGAUGCGCUGAUAUUAAUUGUGACUCUGGGAUACGCAUCCAUUCAUGAUCUGAAGAUUAAUCUUCAACCAUUACUUCUGGCAGCGUUGACCAGGAGAUAUGAUCCUAAUACCAAGAGUUUAAAUUUAGAAGAGUUCCACAAGGAUCCCGAAAUGGAUAAAACUCUAUUCUGUCCACUGAACCAACAGAGGCUUUUCAGUCAUGUUCUGAAGCUUACCAAAAGCGCCAUCGACACUGUACAAAAUCUGAAUUUACAAAAAAAUGGUAUACUCAAUCUGUCUGCUAUAGAAGCUUCUAAUUUGACCUCCAUAAGAUACCUCGAUCUAAGAUAUAAUACUCUGCUGAGUACAGAAAUGCUAGCACCUCUGAGGAAACUAAAUAUAUUAAAACUAUGGUUGGAUGGGAAUCCCCUUUGCGAGAAUUACUCAAACCCAAAACAGUAUAUAGACUCCGUAAAGAAAUAUUGUCCCAAUUUGAUCCUACUGGAUGGAGUUUACGUUAAAACACAUGGUCUAUCAGGGAGUUAUAUUAAGUACGUGAAGGACGAUGCAAAACAAGACUUAAUCACAAAGUUCAUUUCGCACUUCUUCGACCUGUACGAUCAGAAAGACAGAUCAGUUCUCAGAGGAUUGUAUCAUAAAGAUGCAUGCUACUCUAUGACAUUUAAUUUGCCCGGAGCAGAUGCCCAAAAAAAGAAUCUGGCUCCAUACGCUGCGAGCAGAAAUAUAUUAAGGAGCACAGACCUCAACAAGAAACGUCAACAUAUCUAUUUUGGAACGGAUAGUAUUCUGGAUGGAAUGAAAAAAUUGCCACGGUCUUAUCACGACAGGAAUUCGUUCAUUUGGGAUUUGAUGUACGAUGAUGGAAUAUGUCUAGUAUUUUCACUCAGUGGUAUGUUCAAAACGAUUAAUAAAUUCCACCAUGUUUUGGCGUUUAACAGGACAUUCGUUUUACUGGGCCUCGAUGAUAACGAAUACAAUAUCUUGAAUGAUCAGUAUCAUGUGGAGGCAACUGAAGAAGAAAUUCCACCCAACCAAAUAGAAGAAAAGUGCUCGUUGCAUGAAAUGGUGCCAACGUACUUCAGUGCUACAGAGAAGAAAGAACUGAUGAGCAAAUUCGUUGAAAUAACUUCAUUAAACAACGAAUGGUCUCAAACGUAUUUAGGAGAGUCUCACUACGACAUAAGGAGAGCAAUUACUAACUUUAUGAAGGAUUAUAAAGAUUCUGCUGUACCAGCUGAUGCCUUUUUGAGAUAAUAGAUUAUACUUUAGAUAUAAAUGAAACGAUAUAGUCAGGGAUACAAAGAUAUAAUUUUAUUUAUUUGUUCCUUCACGACCUCACUAUAUCUCUUUCAAUGUCUGUAAAUAUUGCGCUAACAAGUAUUUUUACUAUUUGUAAUUAUUGAACAUUUCAUUAAUGAACAUUUUUAAUAUAAAAA